AUGCCAGACCUAAGGAUAUUAACAAUUUAUGUAUGCAUAUAAUAAUGUUAGAGAGGAAUUAAAAGCACAGGUGAAAUAUAAUAUGAAAGACAAAAUAAAAUUAGUAAAUAUUGCUCAUAUUUAAUAAUGAGAAAAAUUAAUGAUCCUAUGGAACAAGAAAAUUAACACUUGA